GCCAGCAGAAGCAGUUGAGCGUCUCAGUCGUGACUAGUCUUCUCAAAGUAACACUGGCUAUCAUACAAAAGAAAUACAGAUAACUCGAGGCGCUCAAGUUACCUUGUCAAAAAAAAAGAACAAUUUUCCCCCAAUUUUUCUAAAUUUACCGAGACCAAGUGAUCGCCUCAAUGGAUUACCCGUGCUGUUCAGUGAUAAAUACCAACAAUUCGUAAAAAGAGAGAAGCGUGCGACUGCGGGGGGCACACAUGGCAAUCGAUAGGGGAGAGAAUUCAUAGAGCUUGCUCGCAGCGCCCAUGAAACAAGUGGCAAAGCACGUUUCGCAAGCACCUGAAGGCGUUGGAUUGUUGAGUUAUCGUGACGAAAUAUGUUUAUCAUACCAGUGAGUGACCUGUUUCAAGUGACAAACUGGGGUCUUCCUUAAAAAGAUUAUGAGGUGGCUCCGAGCCACAUCAAUGACGGUGGCAGAGAGGUGCUGCGCCGACGGAUGAGCAGAAAACUCCAGCUGUCGUUAAAUGUAACGGCAAAAAUAAAGAAAAAAAAAAUUAUUGACAGAGAUAAUUCCGAAGUCAUCGUGAACCGAUCCCCCAGCCCCCUCCUCCAAGAAGCCACAACUACCCAAAGUGUGUCAAAGGAAGCUGAUGCUGAACGACAAAAGAUACGAGGAAGAAGCGGGAGUGGAAGGGGAUCGCAAUGGCAAUGGAUUCGUAUCAGGAAUGUGUUCAGGUGCCUACCUCGUACAGCCAAAUGAUCCCUAUGACAUUGAUAACAAUACAACGAUGCAACAAACCCCUAAACUUUCAUCAGGUGUACAAUCGGGCAAUGUCGGUUGGAAUAAGGAAGUACGUUAUGCACAAUUCACGGGUGUCAAUCCAGCAUUGCCACCGCCAUUACCACCGCCACCGGCACCGCCACUUCCUCUUCCUCUUCAGAUGCAGCAACGGACUUACUCCCGAUCCAUGACCUCACUACCCCCCGAGCCUUUCAUGAUCAUGCGAUCAAAGGCACUCAAUAGACGUGUAUCAAUAAAUGUUGGUGGUGUUAAGCACGAAGUAUUAUGGCGUACACUUGAGAGAUUACCACACACGCGAUUAGGACGUUUACGUGAUUGCAAUACACACGAGGCUAUAACCGAAUUGUGCGAUGAUUAUUCACUUAUUGAUAAUGAAUAUUUUUUCGAUCGUCAUCCCAAAUCAUUCAGCUCAAUAUUAAAUUUCUAUCGUACUGGUAAAUUACAUUUGGUCGAUGAAAUGUGUGUAUUGGCAUUUAGCGAUGAUUUGGAAUACUGGGGUGUAGAUGAAUUGUACUUAGAGAGUUGUUGUCAGCACAAGUAUCAUCAGAGAAAGGAACAUGUCCAUGAGGAGAUGCGGAAGGAGGCUGAGUCAUUGCGGCAAAGAGAGGAGGAGGAAUUCGGAGACGGAAAGUGUGCGCAAUAUCAAAAGUGGCUGUGGGACUUGCUUGAAAAACCAACAACGUCCAUCGCUGCCAGGGUGAUAGCUGUGAUAUCGAUACUGUUUAUUGUGCUAUCAACGAUUGCACUAACACUCAACACCAUUCCUAGUAUGCAAGUGAACGAUGAGAGAGGAAAUUUCCAAGAUAAUCCACAACUAGCCAUGGUGGAGGCAAUAUGCAUAACAUGGUUUACCCUCGAGUAUGUACUUAGAUUCAGUGCAUCGCCGGACAAAUGGAAAUUCUUCAAAGGGAGUUUAAAUGUCAUUGAUUUAUUAGCAAUAUUACCGUACUAUGUAUCACUGUUUCUCGUUGAAACAAACAAAAAUGCAACUGAUCAAUUUCAAGAUGUACGACGCGUUGUACAGAUAUUUCGUAUAAUGCGUAUACUGAGAAUAUUGAAAUUAGCCCGUCACUCGACUGGGCUGCAGAGCCUUGGAUUUACACUGAGAAAUUCAUACAAAGAGCUCGGGCUGUUGAUGCUCUUUCUGGCAAUGGGAGUACUUAUAUUCUCGAGCCUUGCAUACUUUGCGGAAAAAGAGGAGCCCGGGACCAAAUUUAUAAGCAUUCCGGAGACGUUUUGGUGGGCUGGAAUCACCAUGACGACAGUAGGUUACGGAGACAUUUAUCCUACGACACCUCUUGGAAAAGUGAUUGGAAGUGUUUGUUGUAUUUGUGGUGUCCUGGUAAUUGCGUUGCCUAUUCCCAUUAUCGUCAAUAAUUUUGCCGAGUUCUACAAGAAUCAGAUGAGACGGGAGAAGGCACUCAAGAGGCGCGAGGCACUUGAGAGGGCUAAGAGGGAGGGGAGCAUUGUUUCAUUUCAUCAUAUCAAUCUGAGGGAUGCAUUUGCCAAGAGUAUGGAUCUCAUCGAUGUCAUCGUUGACACUGGUCACAACAUGUCUGGUGCCGAUGGCAACAGUACAGAGGGUGAAUCAGCAUGUGAAAGGGGUCCAGCACAAACUGGUGCUGGAUGUUAUCGUAACUACGAGCAUUACAGUAUGUCACGUACACGUAGAAGUGCCUCAUCGUGUUUUCCAGCGAUACCGAAUGAUCUGCCAACAACUCCGGACAGUCCCAGUCGCCGAUUGCUUGAUUUCGCGCAGAAUAUACCCGGGAGUCAGAAUGAUGAUGAUUAUUAUCAGGAUGAUUUGCCAGCCCAGCACUCUAAUCAUGGGAAUACAACGCCUAGUGAUGAAGAUAAGAGAGACGGAAGAAAAAUCGACAAGAUCGAUGAAUUUCCUAGUGAAUUCGAGUGUUGCUUUUGUACCACCAAGGAGUACAAAGACCACCGGGACGCCGAAGACAUAAUGCCCCUAGCCACCAGUGACUUCAGUAAAACAAUCCGCCAGGAAUUGCGUUCCCUGCGUGACAGUAGUAUCGAAACGAGUGGUUACGCGGAUCACAUGUCAUCGCCGUUGCGUUUCGCGACAUUACCCCCAGAGACAACGAGUAACACCUCCCCAUCAACGAAUUAUCAGCCAGCAAAGCCAGCCUACAACGAUCGCGGUAGUGUGGAUAGUUCCGGGACUUACGCAAGUUGUCAGACUCAUCCAUUUCACUCGCAAGAGAUGCUUGGCGAUGGCGAUGCAAUAGACGAGGGUGACAGUAAUCUCUACAUCAAUCCAUUAGAAAGUGCUGACAACAAGUGUCGGGACAUAGGGGUUAAUAAAUCCCUCGAUUCAUCAUUAUUCACUGGUGAAUUCUCCAAGAGUGAAGGGGGAAAGACAACUGAUACUUUGCCGAAGCACAAGAAAACUAGGGUAGCUAAGAGUGCAGGACGCCGUCAACAAUCGCCCACAGAUCCUGAAGCAACUCCAACAAACACACCGCACGACAUAACAUCCACCCCCGAAGACAACAAUAAUCUCUACGCAGAUUUACGAAGUGGCCGGCCUACUUCCACAACAACAAACUCAUCGCUGACGAGUUUAGCAUCAGCAACUCGCCUCAUAAACCAGCAGCUCUUUGGCAAUCUUAGUGGUACUAAGCAAUAUACCGGAGCAACUGGGAAUAAGUCCCAGUCGGUAGACUCUAUCGACAGUGAGUCGUACAUCGGGGAUCGAAAUAGUCGAUCGAUAUCGAGGAAAAAAGACGCCAGGAGAACUUGCAGCACUGAUGAUGUUGACGAUGACACUGAGCAGUUGAUUAUCGAUAACUCAAGUCCGAAUAUGAACACGAUACGCAUCCGGCAGGCGCCGUUUUUCUCGAGCCAGAUGAUCGGAGCGCUGCUCAGAAGCAAUAAUAAUGUUGAGUCGCUCGAUUCACCGGAGAGGGACGUCACCAAGAGACUUUCGAAAUCGAUAAGCGAUUAUCGGAAUAAUGAAAUGCUGGCGGACGAGGGGAGGAGGGGCCGCCGGACGCAGAGUCAGUCGGAGAGGGACACGGAGCCGAUGCUUGCGAGGCCGCCGAAGCCCUCGAGAAAACUCGCGAAGAAAAUUAUGGCUCAAGAGAGGAAGAAGUCUUCGGGCACUAGCGAUGACGGGUCUGUCGAUUCCGCCGCUACUUGCAUUCCGCUGGAGCCGCACAGGCGGGCGUCGCAGGCGGCGAAGAAGAAAUAUUAAGAUGCGAUUUUGGAGUUGAUGGGAAAGGAGUUUGAGCGCGAGGAUAUCCAACUACUUUAGCUAUUUUUUCUGCAGUGAAAUGAAUUUUUAUUUUUGUAGCCGAA